GAUAAUCAAGAGAACACUCCAUGGUAAGUAAAGUGGACAUAGUUUCUGCUGUUAUUGGCUGAAGGCCUUCAACUGUAUUGUGACAUGUCUGUUGUGAGGUCAUCAAGGCGUAUGCAGGGGCUGCAGACUGCAUUGAUCAAGAGAGGCAGCAGGAGGAAGAGCUGCCACUCCCAGCACAGCUGAGUGGGAGGGGACCCAGGGAAUGGGGUACCACCAGCCCUGCUGAGGAGAACCUGAUGCACUCGCCCUGAGGUUACUCGCCCUGUUGAGGGAAACCUGAAUCAAAGAAGGGCUUACCACCAGCUCUGCUGAGGGGAAUUUUAUGAGAGGUUACCAGCCUAUGAAGAGAAUCCCUCUUGGGCAGAGUGUAACGUCAUGGAGAAGAAUUCACCCAAGCCUGCACUGAAACACCCAGCAAUUGGUAUUGACUUGGGCACCACUAAAUCCUGCGUAGGCCUCUUCCGAGACGGCAAGGUGGAAAUAAUUGGCAACAACCAGGGCGUCCGCACCACGCCCAGCUGUGUUGCCUUCACUGAGACAGGGAGGUUGAUAGGGGAUGAGGCAAAGAACCAGGCAGCCCUCAACUCUCCUAACAUCAUAUUCAGUGCCAAGCGCUUGAUUGGCCGAACAUCUGAGGACCCUGUUGUGCAGGCAGAUGCGGAGUUCUGGCCCUUCCAGAUAGUGAAAGCUGAAGGGAAGCCCCAGGUGCAGGUGUCAUACAAGGGAAAGGAGAAGGUUUUCUACCCAGAGGAGAUUUCUGCUAUGGUGCUGGGUAACUUGAAGGAGAUGGCUGAGGACUACCUGGGCCAUCCCAUCACCCAUGCCAUUGUUACUGUACCAGCCCACUUCAAUGACUCCCAGCGCCAGGCCACCAAAGAUGCUGGGGCGAUCGCUGGCCUCAAUGUGCUGAGGAUCCUCAGUGAGACUACAGCCGCCGCCCUCGCCUACAGCCUAGACAACCCUAGCAAUGGAGAACACAACGUGCUUAUCUUUGAUCUGGGUGGAGGAACCUUCAAUGUCUCCGUCCUCACCAUUGACGGGGGCAUCCUCGAGGUGAAGGCCACCUCUGGGGACACCCAUCUGGGAGGGGAUGAUUUUGACAACUGCCUGGUGAGCUUCUUCAUAGACGAAUUCCUAAAGAAACAUCAGGAGAACAUCAGCAAGGACAAAAAGGCCGUGUGGAGGCUCAGGAGGGCCUGUGAGGCAGCCAAGCGCACCCUGUCCUCCAACAUCAAAGCCAGUAUCGACUUGUACUGCCUGUACAAAGGGAUCGAUUUCCACGCAGACAUCACCCGGGCCCAGUUCGAGGAGCUGUGUGCCGACCUCUUCCGAGGGACCCUGAAGCCCGUGGAGAGGGCGCUGCAGGAUGCAAAGCUGAGCCAGGCCCAGAUCCAUGAUGUAGUUCUGGUGGGCGCCUCCACCCGCAUCCCCAAGAUCCAGGAGCUGCUGCAGGAUUUCUUUGGCGGCCGGCAGCUGAACAAAAGCCUGAACCCGGAUGAAGCUGUUGCCUAUGGGGCCGCUGUUCAAGCCGCCAUCCUGAUCGGAGAGAGGUCAGAGGUCACAAGGGGCCUGCUUGCCCUGGAUGUGGUGUCCAUGUCUCUGGGAAUUGAGACAGACGCAGGGAAGAUGCACACCCUGAUCAGACGCAACACUGCCAUCCCCACGGUGGUAACUCGGACCUUCACCACCUUCGAUGACCAUCAGCCUGACCUGCUCAUCCGUGCCUAUGAAGGGGAGAGAGCUACUGCCAAGGAGAACCACCUGCUUGGCCAUUUCCUUUUGAAUGGCAUUUCCCCCGCUCCCCGUGGCAUGGUCUUGGUGGAGGCGACCUUCUAUAUUAACGCAGAUGGUAUCCUGACUGUGUUUGCCCUGGACAAAGUCGCCGGCAAUGCCAACCCCAUUGCUGUGAAUGCCAACAAGGGGCGACUGAGCAGAGAGGAGAUACAGAAGUUAGCGGCGGAGGCUGAGAAAUACCAAGCUGAGGACAGGGCACAGAAAUGGAAAUUGGCCACCAAGAACUACCUUCAGUCCUGCGCUUUCAGUGUGAAGCGGACCUCGGAAGAUAUCCUUAACUACUUCACCUUGCAGGCGAAGAAGAAGGUGAUGGAGAAAUGUCAGCUGGCCUUCUCCUGGCAGUCCAACUGGAUGGUUGAAGAGGAGGAGGUCAGGCCCUAUGAAAAUGGUCUCGGGGAACUCCCUCCCAGGACUUAA